AAACAUAAGGUUUGCCGAGUUGUCGUCAUUUGAUAUCAGUCCCUUCCCUUGCAUUUUACUCGGAUCUGGAUAGUCGUAUAAAAAAGCUCAAUCAAGCAUGUCUAGAAAGACUGUCAAGAGGAAACUUAGUGCAGCAGAGGACACUAUAGGAAGAGGUUUAUUGGAAAUUAGUAGAACGAGUAAAGGAGCCGCUCUACCAAAUCCGUCAAAUACACUACCUCUAGAACUCAUCAAGCACCUUCCAAAAGACCUCUACGAAACGUUUUCAGAUUCUUCAAGUGAAAAUCUCCCCACGGAUUCCGACAACAACAGGAGGAAGCUUCUCCAAGCGGUGGAAGAGAUGUUCACUGACCUGGAGCAUUACAAUACAAUUCUUCUUCAACAAAAGAAGAUAGAUCGAUUACCACCAGCUCGAUCACUGCAAGAUCUUCAAGACCAGAAUCCCAAGCUGAUGGGCUGGAGGAAGAAGCACGUCUCACUAGAUCCUUGUGUUUGUCCGCCCAAGUGUCCUCCCAAGGGUCUACGUUGGCUCCUUGAUUUAUUUGGCGAGGAGCCGACCCCAGAGGAACAAGAUCAGGGAGCUGGAAGAAGAGUGAAAAAGAGCAAAGUACUUCUCAAACUGCUUAUCCUCGUUGUCCUUGCCUUGGUUCCUACAGGUUCCAUAGUAGUACUAUACGUCAUUCCGAAUACAUACGGGCGAUUAGGCGCCAUCUUUGGUGGAUCUAUCAUUUUGAUUACUGGACUCGCGAUGUCGAAAUCAACGGAAAAGAAGGAUGUGUUGGCUUAUAUGGUUGGUCUUGCAGCGAUACAAGUCGUUUUCGUAGGUUCAGUCAUUGAAAACAAGUAAGACCAGUCAUGGUGAGUGAUAUAUGGGAAUGCGCGGAGCAUGUGUUGACUCAUGCGCUUUGAAUUUGAGGCACCUUGUAGAUGACAGUGGAAAAUUAAAGAAGGAAGAAUAUUCUUGGAGCUUCAACGAACUUCCAAGUAGAUGUUGACAUCGAUGGAUAUCAAUACUUCCCUCCUCUUCUUACAACCGGCUCACUCACUUGUACAGUGUCCUCAAAAGUCUACCGCAAU